AUGCUUUCUCCGAAUAUCUCGAGGGAUUUGACUGAUUGCUUCGAGUUUGGAAACAGAUCUUGUCCGGAGAGCUUUAGGUCAGCAGGAGUAUGAGAGGCACUAUAUCUAUUCAUAACUGCAGUCUUCAUUCUCACCGUCUUAGGGAAUUUGGCCAUAAUCAUUUCCAUCUCAUAUUUUAAGCAGCUUCAUUUUCCAACCAGUUUCCUCAUCUUAUCCAUGGCCAGUACAGAUUUCCUGCUGGGCUUUGCCAUUAUGCCCUACAGCAUGGUGAGGUCUAUAGAGGAAUGCUGGUGUUUUGGGAUUAUACUCUGCAAAGUUCAUUACAGUUUUGACUUGAUGCUCUGUUUGGCUUCCAUUUUCCAUCUUUGUUCCAUUGCCAUGGAUCGGUUUUAUGCAAUCCGCCAUCCUCUGCAUAACACCAGCACCAUGACUGUCACAACCAUAAAACAAAUUGUAGCAGUCUGCUGGUCAGUGCCUGCUGCUUUUGCUUUUGGUGGUUUCUAGGAAUUUUAUGCUUCUGAAAUUGAGGGCUAUGAAAAGCCAGUUAAAUGCUUGUGCCCUAUUGUACUGGUCAUGAUGAUGAUUGUGUUCAACAAACUGUCGGGGGCUUUUUUAUUUACAGUUGGUUUCUUUGCUCCUGCUUGCAUUAUGAUAGGAAUUUAUGUUAAAAUUUUUACAGUCUCCCAAAGGCACACAUGGGAGUUGAGCCAGGCACACAGGCAGUCAAAAAUUGAUAAGAAACAUGAGCUUUCUAAGAAUAAAGAUAGGAAAGCUGCUAAGACUUUGAGUAUUGUUAUGCUGGGCUUCCUAAUAUGUUGAUUUCCUCAUUUUUUUAUAAUCUUAAUUGAUCCAUUUUUAAAUUUCUCUGUUCCUGUACCUCUGUUCAAUUCUGUAAACUGGCUUGGGUAUUUAAAUUCUUUCUGCAAUCCAUUAAUAUAUGGAUUUUUCUAUCCAUGGUUUUGGGAAACAUUUCUCAAAAGGAGUACGCAGGAACAAGAGUAUGGCUCUUACUCAGGGUUGCCCCUCUCCCCCCGGACGCCCCCGGGCCCUCCAGCAGCGGGGUCCUCCCGGAGGCCCAAGCGGCGCCACGCCCGCCCCUGCCCCGGCCCGCCCUGCUCUGGUACCGGCCGGGCAGGGCUGUACCUCCCUUCGUCGCCGCCGUCACGGCGGGGCGGGCCGGGCCGGGUCCUACCCGCCCCUCCACGCCCUGCAGCCGCCGCCGCCCCCGCCGCGCCCCUGCGAGCGGAUUCGCCGGGGCCGGGUAAGAGCAGCCGGAGCCCCUCAGGGGUGCGGGGGGUGUUCGCUGUCCCCCCGCCCGCCGGGGAAAGGGGUGACCAGGGCGGUGUCCAGCCAACCGGGAAGGGGCUGCCAGGCACGGGAAGCCCGUCAGAGGGCGGCGGGAAGGGCCGCAGCGCCCCGAGGGCCCUCGCUGGGUUCGGGCCGCCCCCCUGUGCCCGGCCCUGGGGCGAGCGGGGUGGCUGCGGGCGGGACUGGGGUGACGGGGGUGGCGGGGCCGGGGCCUCGGCGGGGGCGGUGUUGGAACGCGGUGGGUAG